UGUUAAAUUCAACGAAUCUCAAAAGCGCUCCUCCGUAUAGCGCCCAUUUCCCCCUCUGUUUCAAAAAAAUUUCAAAUUCUACUCCUUGUUCCUCCUUCAACUACGCCGUCGUUUAGGGCCGAGAGAAACAAUCACACAGAGAAAAUUGAAUCAUUUGCGCCUCUCUUUCCUUUCUUCAAUUACAUAAUUACGGUUUUUUUUCACUGUCUGAGAGAGUGAGAGUAGUUUUUCGCACCAAUUUUGAAGUUUACUGUAAAAGAUCCAUAAACCCCCCAAAAUUUUUCCUAAAUUCCAUCAAUCUGUUUUGUUACAUUACCAUUAAUUUUGCUAGGAGUAAUUUUUCAAAAUGGCUCCGAAGAACCAGAACAAGCCGCCUCUUCCUAAUUUUUCAACUCCUUUAAACAGUAAUUACACAGCAGGUGAGGUUUCAGUGGAGAAGAGACGGAGAAUAGGCAAUCCAAAAAUGCCGUCCACAGCUACUGGUGCAAGAACCCGGCAAGCAUUUGCAGUGGUGAAUGGGGUUGCUGAUCUGCCUCCACCAAAUAGUGGUCCGCCAAGUAGUGCAGGUUCAGACAGCGGGAUCGUUGAAUUUAGCAAAGAAGACAUUGAAGCUUUACUCACUGAGAAAUUGAAAACCAAGAACAAGUAUAACAUAAAGGAAAAGUGUGAUCUUAUGUCAGAAUAUAUAAGAAGACUCAAGUUAUGUAUUAAGUGGUUCCAGCAGCUUGAAGGAAACUAUGUUACAGAGCAGGAAUCACUCAAAGGCUUGUUAGAGUCGGCUGAGAAAAAAUGCAAUGAGAUGGAGAUGCUAAUGAAAGUCAAAGAAGAAGAGUUGAAUUCAAUCAUUAAGGAGUUGAGAAAAAACAUUGAGGCACUUCAGGCAAAGUUUGCCAAGGAGGAGUCAGCCAAGUUGGAAGCUGUAGAUUCUUAUAAUAGAGAGAAACAUGCUAGAGAUACAGCAGAGAAACUGCAAGCUUCCCUUUCAGAAGAGCUGAAAAGAGCUCAACAAGACAAUACAAGUGCAAAUCAGAAGAUCCAGUCACUAAGUAAUACAUACAAGGGGUUACAGGAGUACAACAAAAAUUUACAGGAUUAUAACAGUAGGCUUCAGAAAGACCUUGGUACAGUCAAUGAAACACUGAAGCGCGUGGAGGCGGAGAAAGCUGCAGUGGUUGAAAAUCUCAGUGGACUAAGGGGUCAUUAUACUUCUUUACAGGAACAGCUCACUUCUUCUAGAGCUGUUCAGGAUGAGGCUGUCAAACAAAAAGAGGCUUUAGCAAGUGAAGUUGGAUUCUUGCGAGGAGAUCUGCAAAAAAUUAGGGAUGAUCGUGAUCAGCAAUCGUUACAAGUCCAGAUUCUAACAGCUGAAGUAAUAAAAUUUAAGGAAUGCACUGGAAAAUCUGUGGCCGAGUUAGAAGGCAUGGCGAUAAAGACCAAUCAGCUGGAGGAGACAUGUUUGUCUCAGUGUGAACAAAUAAAAAGUUUGCAGCAAAAACUUGCCUUUGCAGAGAAGAGACUAGAGAUGUCCGACAUGUCAGCUGUGAAGACAAAAGAAGAAUAUGAAGAGCAGAAGAGUGUUAUUUUUGAUUUGCAGAACCAUCUUGCUGAUGCCGAAACAAAAAUUGUGGAAGGAGAGAAGCUACGUAAAAGGCUGCAUAAUACUAUACUGGAGUUGAAAGGAAAUAUUAGAGUUUUCUGCAGGGUGAGGCCAUUAUUGUGUGAUGACACUGUCAGUGCAGAAACAAAGGUUAUCUCUUUUCCAACAUCAACGGAAGCACAGGGAAGAGGCAUCGAUUUGAUACAAAAUGGGCAAAAACAAUCAUUCACAUUUGACAAAGUUUUCAUGCCCGAGGCUUCACAACAAGAUGUUUUUGUUGAGAUAUCCCAACUUGUACAGAGCGCUCUUGACGGUUAUAAGGUUUGUAUAUUUGCUUACGGUCAGACUGGUUCUGGUAAGACUCACACAAUGGUGGGCAAGCCAGACUCUGAUAAUCAGAAAGGGCUUAUACCACGCUCUUUAGAGCAGGUAUUCGAGACCAGGCAAGCUCUUCAAAAACAAGGGUGGAACUAUAAGAUGCAGGUCUCAAUGCUUGAAAUUUACAAUGAAACUAUUCGGGAUCUUUUAUCGCCAUCAAAUUCGUCCAGUUUUGAUGCAUCCCGGCCAGAAAAUGUAGGAAAGCAAUAUGCCAUCAAACAUGACGCCAAUGGCAAUACCCAUGUAUCCGACCUGACAAUUGUGGAUGUUCAUUGCUAUAGUCAGGUUUCUAAACUUUUUGGGCUGGCAGCAGAAAGCAGAUCUGUUGGGAAGACUCAGAUGAACCAACAGUCUUCGAGGAGCCAUUUUGUCUUCACUCUGAGAAUAUCUGGUGUGAAUGAGAGUACCGAGCAACAAGUACAAGGUGUACUCAAUUUGAUUGAUCUCGCCGGAAGUGAACGUCUAUCCAAGAGUGGGUCUACUGGAGAUCGGCUAAAAGAAACUCAAGCCAUCAACAAGAGUCUAUCGUCUCUAAGUGAUGUUAUAUUUGCUCUAGCAAAGAAAGAGGAGCAUGUGCCUUUUAGGAACUCAAAGCUUACAUACCUUCUCCAGCCCUGUCUAGGUGGUAACUCGAAGACAUUAAUGUUUGUUAAUGUUUCACCGGAUCCUCCAUCUGUGGGUGAAUCCCUAUGUUCACUCCGAUUCGCAGCACGGGUUAAUGCAUGUGAGAUUGGGAUCCCAAGGCGUCAAACUAGCUUGCCGCGUCCUUCUGAUUCUCGCUUAAGCUUUGGCUAACUUUUUGGCAGAACUCUCGUUCUAGGUUUUAGAAUUGGUUUGUCUGUAAUUCUGUGUGGCAGCUUGAUUUUUAACCGAGAAUUAAGUACCUCUAACAACAUCCACCUCCAAUUUGUAUAGUGGAUAAAGUAUUAUUUCUGUAUCAGUAAUAGCAUGGGGCUUUCUCCUUCAGCCAUAUCUGUAUUUACGAGGUUACUCCUUUGUAUUAAUACUUGUCAUUCUAUCAUCACGGAGUUACUUGUGACAUAAUU